AUGUUCUCAGGAAAUCCUAAAGAGCAGAGCAGUUAUGGGAUGCUGCCCCAGAGUGCCACAUCUGCGCCAGCUGAUGCGCCCGAAGUGCCAAGUGUAGCUGGCGGCGCAGCGCUGCCGGAGGUACGACAACAUCAUACGUCUGUUGCAGCCUGCAACGAUAGUGAAGCCAGUGAUGAAACUGCACGUUGUGUGAGAGGUGGUAUAUUAGUGGCGGGUCUUGAAAGUGGUUGUGAUGGUGUGGGUAGCAACAUGAUUGGUGACAGAACCUUCAAUUCUUCAUUUGCUGUGAAUAAUGGAAAUGAGAGGGAAAUAGUUAGUGAAGGAUAUUGCACCGCACAAGACAGGCCCCCGUUGAACGGAGACGUGGCCGGCCUGGAUGUCGCCUGGCGCUGUGGCCACUACGGCAGACGCAACACGUCCCGACCGUCGGACGGUCCCAUGACCACACGCGAUGGCCGAGCGCCGUCCAUUGUCCAUCAUGAACCACAUGACGACCGUCCAUCGCAGCCAGCGGUGCCCUACAGUUCGCGCCGCUCCGACAGGCCGAUUUCUAUGCAUGAAAUGCGAUACCUCAACCGCGCCAGGGACGAUGAUGACCGACACGGCGGCCAUAAUAGCGGGUACGGCUGCGGUGGGAGGGGACCCGACGUACUUGGGACGGUCCUGCACCAGCAGCAUGGCAGUUCUGGGCCAGCUGCCACUGAGCCACCUGCCACCGGCCUAGGGUAUGCGGGUGGGAGGCUCUCUCAGGAGGGAGAAGCGGGCGGCCACUUUAGCUACUCCCCGCCGGUCUACGCGAAGGUCUUCAGGCCACCGACGGCGCGGGCGACGUUGUCUUCGUCCCAGUCUUUGUCUGCCCUUAACCACGCUGAGGACGCGUGUGGGGGACGUGACGGGGAAGUCCACGCCCCGCCAGGGCUAGGGCAUCCCGAUCCCCCAGUGGGGCUGCGUAGGUACGGCUCCUCCAUGGGGCUAACCUCGUCCUGGGCCGCUCCGGGGGGGCGAGGCGCCCCCUCACGCUACCAGUCCCCCUUCCUGCAACGGCGCUCCCUCUACAGCCCCACCACCCACUACACGUCGGUGGGUUACUCGUCCAGAGGGCACCCGCUGGUCCCCACCAGCCCCACUCCUGCUGGGACCCUCCACCCGACGCGGGACACUCCCGGCGCUGGGACCAAGAGGGAUUAUCUGGACCCGGACCCGUCCCUGCAGUCCCCGCCGCCUCUGCCUUUAAGUCCACCCCCAACUGCCGAGAUACCGCAGGCCGCGGCACCGCAGGCUGUGGCACCGCAGGCCGCGGCAUCGCAGGCUGUGGCACCGCAGGCUGUGGCACCGCAGGCCGUGGCAUCGCAGGCUGUGGCACCGCAGGCUGUGGCACCGCAAGCCGUGGCAUCGCAGGCUGUGGCACCGCAGGCCGUGGCACCGCAGGCCGUGGCACCGCAGGCUGUGGCACCGCAGGCCGUGGCAUCGCAGGCUGUGGCACCGCAGGCCGUGGCAUCGCAGGCUGUGGCACCGCAGGCCGUGGCAUCGCAGGCUGUGACACCGCAGGCCGUGGCAUCGCUGGCCGUGGCACCGCAAGCCGUGGCACCGCUGGCUGUGGCACCGCAGGCUGUGGCACCGCAGGCUGUGGCACCGCAUGCUGUUGCACCGCAGGUUGUGGUUCCGCAGGCCGUGGCAUCGCUGACCGUGAUACCGCAGGCUGUGGCACCGCAGGAUGUGGUACCGCAGGCUGUGGUACCGCAGGCUGGUGCAGCGCAGGCUGUGGUUCCGCAGGCUGUGGCACCGCAGGCUGUGGCACCACAGGCUGUGGUUCCACAGGCUGUGGCACCGCAGGCAGUGGCACCGCUGGCUGUCGCACCGCUGCCUCUGGCUGUACAGGCUUUUGCGACGCAGGCCGCGGCACCGCAGGCUGUGCCACGGCAGGCUGAGGCGCCGCAGGCUGUGGCGCCGCUGGCUGUGGCACAGCCAUCCGUGGCACCGUCUUCCAUGGCCGUGCCACCACAAUGCGUGACUCCGCAGACCGUGGCAUCAGUGGAUCCCUGCAGCCCACUGCCAGACAUCUCUUCUCCGCCAUCCGCGGGAUCUGACGACUGUUGUGCCCGCCCCGAAGCAGAGACAUUUCCUAGUUUCCUGCAGUCAGAAGUCCCUUCGUCGCCGCCGCCGUUACCCAAACUGUCCACUCACCCUCUGCUGGCUCAAGUAGACACACGUGCUCCAGUGGCUGGUCCUCCGGCUCAUUAUGACCCAACUGAUCGGGUGUCUGCUGCAUCUCAUCGAGUCCCCAACAGUCUCGGCAGGUUGGUAGACCCUGGUCUACGCAAUGCCUCUACCUACCACCGGGACAGAGUUGGCGAAGAUCCUCUUGCGAGUCACAAGCGUCAGCUGAGCAGCUCGUCUAGUCAUCUACCAACGGUAGAUUCUACUUAUGCUUCAAGAUUCGAUACCCAAAUGCUGCCACAAACCCCAAGUCUGAAGUCAUCUUAUGCUGCUCCAAUAAAAGAGAACUAUGAGAGAGAAAGACGUAAUUCAAACCAUGAUGUGGUCGAGAUCUCAACUGAAAACAUGUCACCAACAACAAAAUACAAGACCAAGUCAGUGAGUGACUUGAAACGCGCAUUUGACAGCCCUGUUGCAAUUAGAAUGGAACGUCCUUCCAGCUACAGAUUCGGGGAAAACACGAAGCAAAAUCCCAAGUACCGUUCAACUUCCAGUCUAUCCUCAAGAAAACCAAGCAAUUGCGGUUUUAGCGUGCCACACAAUCCUCCCGAGACUAUAUCGGCUCCAAACGAGACAGAAGAAAGUGACCAAGGCUCAUACAUCGACAUUAAGAAGCUCAUAAGCGUUUUUAACAAAUCACCGUCACCAAGUCCGCAGAACUUCGCGUCUACAAGCAAGCAGCUUCCUUGGGUCCCUCCAUCCAGCACUUCACUUCAUCCCACAAGAUUAUUCACACCUAAAAUCGUAACCAAGUCAUCUAAUGCCCUGAAAUCUGUCAAUGAUGACAGAGUUCACAACUUCGCCAGACCAGACCCAUCUUUAGUGACGCGGUCGUCUGUAGGAGAUCUCACUGGGCGAACUAGUAAAGUACGUUCAGCAAGGCCGACGCAGCAGCCAGACGUCGAGGUGCGGCCGAAUUGGCCCAACAAUUUAAUUGCAGAAGAACUGCAGCGCCAACGGCUGCGAGAAAAAGAGCUGAAACGGCAGCGAAAAUUGCUCCAAAAAGAGUUUGAGGAGAAGAAUAGAAGAGUCGACUUGAAAGAGCAACAGGAAGCAACUUCUGCCUUCGAGAAAACCUUUAUGGAUGACCUCCGAAACGCCCCUGACAACGAGAAACUUAAAUAUAUGGAACAGCGUCGCAAGGAACAACAAGAACAGCAUCGCAGGGAAGAACAAGAACAGCAACACAGGGAACAGCAAGAACAGCAACGCAGAGAACAGCAAGAACAGCAACGCAGGGAACAGCAGGAACAGCAAUGCAAGGAACAACAAGAACAGCAAAUGUGGAAGCAACAAGAACAGCAAGUAGAAGAGCAUCACCAACCAACCGACAAGUCGGUCACCAGCAUCAGAGAACUCGAUGGCAGGCAAGGUAUGAACCAGAAGGUUGUUGCUGAAACAGAAGAAGUAGAGCCAAAGCUUGGGAAUGAAGAGUUGCAGCAACUGCUGAGGCUGGAACAAGAGGAAGAACAGAAACUUGCAGCACUUAGGAUGAAAAUCGAAGAGCAGCGAGUAAAGUUGAAGCAAAAGCUAAUGAGAGAAGAGUUGAGGUUGACGUCUGCUCUGAACAAUGACGUGUUUGUUGAGAGGAAAGACCAACGUCUGCCACUAGAGUUGCUGGAAGAAUUGGCAACACGACAACCUGUUGCAGACAUCGCAGGACAAGCCUCACAGCAACCUGUAGCAGACAUUACAGGAACUGCCUCACAGGAACCUGUUGUAGACAUGGCAGAAACAACCUUUCGAGAACCUGUUGCAGACAUGGUAGAAACAACCUUUCGAAAACCUGUUACAGACAUGGUAGAAACAACCUUUCGAAAACCUGUUACAGACAUUGCAGUACCAGCCUCACAGGAACCUGUUGCAGACAUCGCCGUACCAUCCUCACAGGAACCUGUUGCAGACAUGGCAGAAACAACCUCUCGUGAACCUGUUGCAGACAUCGCCGUACCAGCCUCACAGGAACCUGUUGCAGACAUCGCAGGACCAGCCUCACAGGAACCUGUUGCAGACAUCGCAGGAACUGCUUCACGGGAACCUGUUGCAGACAUUGCAGGAACUGCCUCUCAGGAACCUGUUGCAGACAUUGCAGGACCACAGGAACCUGUUGCAGACAUUGCAGGAACUGCUUCACAGGAACAUUUUGCAGACAUUGCAGGAACUGCUUCACAUGAACCUGUUGCAGACAUUGCAGGACCACAGGAACCUGUUGCAGACAUUGCAGGAACUGCCUCUCAAGAACCUAUUGCAGACAUUGCAGGAACUGCCUCUCAGGAACCUGUUGAAGACAUUGCAACAGCAGCCACUGAACCCGAACUGUCAGAGCACCUGGAGGCUCCCACUGAGCCUGGGCUGACUGAGAAACUGGUGUCUCUCACCGAACCUAUACUGACAGAAAAACAAGGUUCUCCUACUGAAUCUAAACUGCGAGAGCAAGUGUUGCCGCCCGUUAAACCUGGACUGUCAGUUCAAAUGGUGGCACCAACUGAACCUGGUAAUGAACCUACUGGACCUGAACCUGAACCUUCCGCAGAACCUGGACUGACUAACAAACUGGCGCGUUCUACCGAGCCUAAAAUGCCAGAUGAAAUGAAGCCUUCUCCUAAGCCUGAAUUGCAAGAGAAACUGGGGCCUUCUCCUGAGCCUGAAUUGCUAGAGAAACUGGAGCCUUACUCAGAGCAUGAGUUGCCACAGAAACAGGAAUCUUCUCUAGAGCCUGAAUUGCCAGAGAAACUGCAGUCUUUAACUGAGCCUGAAUUGCCGGAGAAACCGGAGAUUCCUCCUGAGCUUGAAUUGCCAGAGAAACUGGAGCCUUUCCCUGGGCCUGAAUUGCCGGAGAAACUGGAGCCUUUCCCUGAGCCUGAAUUGCCAGAGAAACUGCAGAUUACUCUUGAGCCUGAAUUGGCAGAGGAACUGGAGCCUUUCCCUGAGCCUGAAUCGUCAGGGAAUUUUGAGCCCCCCACUGAUCUAGUGCAAGCCGUUACACAUGAGCCACAAGCUGAACCGCGCAUGACUGAUGGGAAGAUGACAGAGAACUCGAUGACUGCGAUGGGUCCUUGGGAGCCACAGGAGGACGACGCGCAAGUUUCUUCUGAUGUUACAAGUCACGACAAACCACCUGUCGCUUGUCUUGAUUCAUCGGGGAAAAGUGAAGAAGUCUCUUGUCCAGAAGUCACCACGACGAUAAGUUUUGCAUCGAAGGCGGAACCCCUAAUCGCAUCGGAGACGGACUCUGUCACAGCUUCAGAGACGGAAUCUUUUGUGUCAUCGGCAACUGAAUCAGUGCCGAUUUCUGAAACCGAGUCGAUGAAAACAGCUGACAACAAAUCAUGUGCAGUUUCAAAACCAGAAUGUGUGGUCAGUUCUGAGACAGAAUCGAUGCAAGCGGAUGCAAAAGAAUCAUCGCCCUUGAUUGAAAUUAAAUUUUCAAAAUCGUCAGAAGCAGAGUCAGUCAAACCACACGAAACUGAACGCAGAAACGAUAUUCCUUUAGCAUCAGAGCGUCGUCUGGCCCAUGGACCAACUGAUGACGAUAAGCCUGGCAUCGAUGAAUGUCCCGGCCAAUCUUCUGCCAUCACUAAAACUUCCAGCGACGAUAAUAUGGAGGCAACGAAUGAAAUUUCAACCCGUGAAAAAUUGCAGUCUAAUGAAGAAGCCAGUAACCACGGCUCACGCGGUCGUGGGAAGUCAACCCUUCAGUCAUGCCGGAUAGACAAUGAAGAUUCAUCCAUGCCUCACGUUGAGGUUCUAAUUGACAUCUCCCCAUCGCCACCAACGGCUAGAAAUACCGACGACGAAAAUUCAUUGCUGAAGUCUGCGUCACAUACAGCUGGAUUCGAAGCAGAUGAGUGUUCCAUCCUGGAGCCCGCAGAUAUUUUGAUAAAAGAAAAGGAAUCUGGUUCUUCACUUUUGCAAGAAUUAACUCUUCAGGAACCAUCGGAAGACGAGGAUGGAAUUUACUCUGUGGACACCAGUAAAAAGGAGCUUAUGGAGGAGGAAGGCAGCUCUGCCAAGCAGAAACAGCCAAACUCGCAUGUUGCUGAAUUUCAUUCACCGUCCAAAGAAGCCAACAGAGACGCUGGCAUUAUUAUUGCAACAGUAUCAUCGACAGACCAGGUUACGAAUUGUGUAACUAAUGAUCAAACAAAGACAGAAUUAGUGGUACUUUUAGACCAGACAGUACGUUCAGAGCUAGUUGACUCGGUUGCGGUUGAUCACAUAAAUACAAAUGAGGAAUCUAUCUACAAUCCAGGCACUUUAGAGCAGAAGAAGGCUACGUACUCUAAUGCAGGUGAAUCAGAAAUGCCGAGUGUUGGCAGUCCUGAUCACGAUGUAGCAGCUGCAGGCAAGGUAUCAAAUAGCUGCGUUGUUAAUGAAGAACUCUUGAAUAAUGUAUCAUCAACAGGUAAUAGUUCGGUGCAGCCACUCCCUCUUUCACAGGUUAAACUGAAGCUGAAAUCGAGUGGUGAGACGUCUUCAGUGAGUGUUUGUGAGUCAGGUAGAGUUUCUUCUCUAGGUUGUGAGGUAGGCUAUUGUGAGUCAGGUAGAGUUGCUUCUCCAGGUUGUGAGGUAGACUAUUGUGAGUCAGGUAGAGUUGCCGGUUCAAGCUGUGAGGCAGGCUAUAAGACUGCCAGCGGAGGCGAAACUACUGAGUAUGAAACGGUCAGUGAGUCAGUGAAGAGCAAUUCUUCAGCAUACGAUGACCAUUUGGGUAUCGUCGAUUUGUCGGGGGUGUCCACUUUGGCUAACCACGGUAGCGCGCGUGAAUCUUUUUCGGCGAGUGACUCUCACGUAAAUAUUGACACAAGUAAUGCAUCGAAAUCCCAAUUAGUCGACAAUACAGAAGUCAGCCAUGCAAUCCUGAGUAUCACCAGCCAAGAAGUCAUGUCGAACAUAGAUUCGGCCACCGGCCUGAAUGCACCUCUCUUGAUCCUUCCGUCGUCAUCUGAUGACGGAAGUGAAUGUCUGCUCGGUGGUGAAGGUGGUGGUGGAAGUGGUGGUGUUGGAUUGAGCGAUACAGAACUUAAAUUAGGUGGUGAUAAUGACUCACUCCUCCCAUGUACUAAACAUGAUUCAUGUCAAUCACGCACCACUCCACCUAAAUCACCCAUCACAGUUCAAGAGUGGGUCGCAUCUCUGCCCUGCCCAACUGAUACCCACAUCACGCGCUGCCAGUCGUGGGAGGCGGAGGACCUCCCUCUCCCCCCGGACCUGGACGGCCCCCACGACACCCUCAGGCUGGGUGAUGAGGCUCAUCUCUUGGAACCUACAAACGCUGGUUUCUUGUCCCGAGAUUCUGCGUUGCCAAACUACGCUCUUGACAGAGCAGAAGUAGACCGGACGAACACCACCCACCCCCGCUGUGGAGGAGCUGCUCUUCCACCACACACUUCCAUCACAUCCACCCCAGUCACCCACACAUCAUCACAUCACCCUUCACUCCACAAUCACCCCGUCACUCAUUCCGAUCCUGUACAUCCUGACGAAACAAUCACUCCGAAGCCUCAAUCAUCUUUUGCCUCCGAAAAUUCGGCUUUCACCACAAUCUGCUGCACGCUGCAGAACAGCAGAACUCUGUCAACGGCGUCGACUGCAGAGCCAACAGACUCUGCUAAUGCUGCCACAAACUCUGCUGUUGUUGCCACACUCUCUACUGUUUUUGCAAAAGACUCUACUGAUGUUACCACAGACUCUGCUAACGUUGCCACAGCCUCUGCUGAUGUUGCCGCAGACUUUGCUGCGGUUGGCACAGACUCUGUCUCCACGUUCUCUGUUGAUAGCCCGUCCAACGUGUCAGCCAACGUGUCGGAGGACAGAAGCGAUGCACUACUUGUGCCACACGGCGGAGAGGCGCCAGCGUCGGCCAUUAGCGCAGAGAAGCGGAGGGCGCUAGCGGGCCGUGGUCCGCAGAGCAGCGUCACCAGCGACGUCUCGGGCGUCUCUGGGGCGUCCUUCAACAGCAGGUCAUCCCUGGAGUCGUUGCUGGAGGGACGGCGCACGGACGCCGUUGAGGUGCUCAUGAACCUCGGCUUUGGGGGGCAGCGCGAGGACGAAGAUCCCCUCUCCAGGAUCCCCUCUCGCUUCCUCGACCACCCCUCUCAGGUGAAAGGCAACGACCUGGGCCGCUUCCUGGACCAGGAGAGCCGCUACCACAACCUGCUGGAGACCAAUAACUUCUUGCCGGGGCUGUCCUACCAAGGUGUCCGCAAGGCGUCGAUGGCGACCUCGCCCUUACUGGCCAACCUGCUCGAGAUGUAUAAGCGACAUCAGGACUCAACCGCCCUCAGUGACGACGAUGAUGAGUUUCAGCCGUCGACCUCCGGCAGGUUCUCGUCCGCGGUCCAUCUCAUACGCAAAAGGCAGCGCGUCACCAAGCGGUCCAUCUCCGAGCAGUUUUUGAGUGGCCUCAGCUGCUCCUCAAGCCCCAGCGGAGGAGCCGCACCUCGCAGUGGCCGCCUCAGUGUCGGCGGCAAGGCCCCCAGUGGCUGGAGUGGCGGUAUAGAGUCCAACCAAGACACAACUUCCAAAGACCCAAACCAACCCAAGCGCAGUCGCUGGUUGAGCGUCCUAACCCCCGAGAAUAGGGACUUUCUCAACAACCAGGGACGCAAGAGUCCCGAGACCGUGAGCAAACGCCUCAUUAUCGGCCAGUCUUCGUUUGACUUGGGACGCAACGGUGAGCUGCUGAACGAGAAAAGCAAACCCGCAGAGGAGCAUCAGGAGAAAUUCUGCGCUAAGCCCCCCGUGGGGAAGCUAACGACGUUGGUCGAACGCUGCACGUCCGUCGAGAGCAGCAAAAGCGGCAGUGAGAGCAGCAUUUGUGGUCAUGCGGUCGCGUGCCGCCAAAGCUCAGUUUGGUCCAUGGCGAGUUCCAUGACGAGUAUUGACAGUCACGAGGAGGAACUGGAGGAGCAAAGACGACUUCUCUACCUGCAGGUCAGCCGCAACAGGAACAGUCGACUCGAGACCAUCCCCAGUGGGGACGCUCUUGAGAGCGACACUGACACCCCCCAGGAAAAAAAUCUGCACAAGAAGCUGCGGAGAACCAGCACUCCAAAAAGGCUCAGAACCGCCAGUUGGAGCAAUGCUUCUCACGGCAAAGAAAUCGACGAAACCAUCGAAGAAGAAAUUUUUUUCUCAGACAAGGGAGCAGACGACGAUUGCUGCAGCGAACCUCGCCUGAAACCUUUGAGGAAAUCCGCUCUGCACGUCACUUCGUCUCUGCCGAGCUGUCACACGGAGCAAAAAGACGACGACCAAGAAGAAGCGUUUGCAGGAAGAUCUAGAAAGUUUAGACUGGAGAGACAGAGAUCUGUUCAAGAUGAAGGAUCCACUGUGGUGAGCUCGAUCAUGUGCAGCAACCAUCAUUCUGAGGAGGGAGAAUAUUCAACUCAAGACGGCACAACAUCUCCUCCUAGAAUAGCCGAUGGAUCAACUGUAAAUUCCACGGAGCCACAGCAACCCAAUGGACCCAAAUGCUCGGAAUGCGGCGGAUUGCUUGUGUGUUUAAGCUGCCGGAUGAAAGGCAGCGUUCAACAAGAACCUUCCGAGGACAAAUUCGAGUCUUUUAGAACUGCGCUAGAAACGUUAAGUGUCGUUAGUGGAACACAAGAGCCGUUUUUAAGGGAUGUUCAUUUUCUUGAACGCAUGACAGGCUUGUUUGAUGUCGCCUUAGACUCGCUUCAUGCCUACAAGCUGUUAAGGCCACCGACCACCCUAAAAGAGGUGGCGUUACCAACUGAUGCUGUGCAAACUAGUCAUAUUAUAACUCACGAAGCUGAUCAACCUAUAGGUCCCUCAUUGAUCUCGACAUUUCCAUCAGCUAAAUCGUCCACUUCUUCGGACUCUGGCAUUGCUCCCUCGUCUACAUCGUCAUCCAGCAUGCCUAAGACCACUGCAGCUGCCGGAGGUCAGCCCUCUUCUGCUUGCCAAGUCUCCUGCGAAAGUCGCGCAGUUCACCAAAAAGAGGAUACACCAAAAACUUCUACGAGUUCUUUGAUACUGAACCUUGAUAAUUUCUUGGCCGAGACUAAUCCUGAUUUUGUGGCAGAAACUCCUGUUUGUUCCGCUCCGGAAACUUUUGCUGCUCCCGCGGUAAAGACUCCUGCCGACCCUGCUGCUGCUGGUAUGGAAGACCUUAGGAACCUGGAGUCCCUAAUUAGUACCGGAGAGCAAGACUUUGACUCGCAGCUGGAUAAGCUUCAGACACUUGUGCGCCUGCAGCAGCAGAUCUGCCACUCUAUGCUCCGUUCCGUCAGCCACCAAUCCUGCUGACAGGAAUACUCCCUAGCCGAUGGAGACGUCCAGACGUGGUUUGUACCAUCCUCCUCGAGACCAAGUGCGUCAGUUCGGCGGGACUAAUCUCGAACUAAAUUAGAGCCGCCCCAGCUUCUGGUUACCCGAAGCUGGGGCGGCUGUAAUUUUUGUUGGGCGUUGCGAUAUUGUGAUACCUUCCAGCGACAUGGUGUAGCUCCAGUUCAAUACUAAUAUUGCAUUAUCUUCCAUACCUUUUUUGGUGAAUCAUACCUAGGUUACUCAGGCUAUAAACGUCAAAUUUGUGGGCGAUCGCGCGGUGAUAGAUUUCUCAGACUUCAAUUCUUCAAUUUGGUGGGAGUCACGAAAUGGCUCUUUCAGAAGAAGUAUAUGAAAUGAAACUGUUUUUCUUAAAGGGUAAAAAAAUAAAAAAUGUUGUAGAAACUUUAAUAAAAUUUUAAUACAUC